AUGACGAACAGGAGAAAUUUCCCCAAAGAACUAAUCAAGAAAUCAGGGCAGUUUGGAAAAGGGAAUUCACAGAUGCUCUUCAAUGGGAAAGUGGCAGCCAUUGUUUGGGAAGACGAGAAACCAGUCUACUUUCUCACAACCACUCUUGUUGAUGCCCCACCAACUACCGUACAGAGAUAUGAUGCAAAGGAACACAAAAAGGUAGCAGUUUCAUGCCCCAAGCCUGUCAAAGCGUACAAUGCAUUCAUGGGAGGAACGGACAAAAACGAUCAGAUGACGAGACUACAAAGGUGCAGAAGACACUAUAAGUGGCCGAGAAGACUUGUCAUGAAGUUCUUCAUGUGGGCAGCUUACAAUGCAUACAUUUUGAUGGGAUUAAAAAAGCCUCAUGAUAAAAGAUUGUGCCUACAGCUUGUUGGAGAUGUGCGUAACACCAGUCACAAAGGACGUCGCCGGUCAAGUGACCCAGAGCGCAGACUUGUAGAUGCAGGCAGUCACUUCCCUGAAAGAGCCCCUCAGGGUACAACCAAUCACAGGUGUGUGGUAUGCCAAGAGAAGUAUAGAAGAGCUAAAGCUGCCAACCCACAAGCAAAGGAAGAUGAAUUACCCAAACGAAAGAAGACAGUUUAUUGGUGCUCUUACUGUGAGGCAUUUCUGUGCAUCAGAGCACGAGACAGCAACUGCUGGAGAUCUUGGCACACAAAGGUUGCUUACUGGCAAUAA